CUCAGGAAAAGAGGUUGUAGGUACCUAUGUACUCCCAUGUGUUGUCACCAGCCAUCAGUCAGCAAGCUAGAGCUGAGGCCCACAUCAUCAAAGGUGGAGCUGGUUCCCCUCCUAUAAGAUCGAAUCUCAGCUGCGUUGCUCAGUUCAUUUUACGUCCCAGCUGAAAUUCUUCCUUCACCUUCCCAGGCGUCCAGAAUGGCGCCCAUCGGUCUGCGCCUCGCGGCGCUCGUCGCUCUCUGCCUUUUCGUCCCCGCUCUAGUUUCCGCCUCCGAGCUGCAGGGGCGCCGAUUCACGAUUGAGGAGGCGAUCGCUGAGACGGGCGCGAUCUACAACGAGGAGAAGGGGCGCUUUGCUUGGUGGAACGAGACGGUGGAAGACCCCCUUGCUGAGGAACACGCGGAUCGGCGCUCCACUCUCAGGCUGGGGGACAGCUCACCGGUUACGGUGACGUUCUACGACUCCCCCGGGAUGUACUGCACCGAUGGUGAAGGCCAAUGCGGCUACGGCACUGACACCAACGGACGAGCAAGGGGCCCAGGCGGUGACUUCCUCCAGACUUCCCUCUACCCCCUCCACGCCGCUUCCGGCCACUUCGAGCACCUGGGCGGCUGUGGCGCGUGCGGGAUCCUCUCCGAGGGGGGGAUCAACCUGGCUUUCGUCAUCACUGACGUCACCGACGCCCUCGACGAGUUGGGCAACCGCGAGUGGCCUCCGUUCGGCUCCCACAUCGACCUGUGCCUGCCCGAGUUCCGGAUCUACCGCCCGGGGACUCGGACCGAGCAAGGAGGGAUCUUCACCGGAACAUGGACCAGGAUCAACUGCAACACGAUGGGCGCCCCCAACAUGCCGUCCGGCAACAUCGUGGUGCGCCUGCAGGAGUGGAACCAGUGGGCCAAGGCCGUCGUCAUCUCGCGCCUGGGGGCGACCGGCGAGAUCAUCGCCGUCGAUUUCUACACCGCCCAGGACCGCAACGGCGGCAACUCCGGCAACGGGAACCGGGUGGUACAUACCGGGUUCCGCGUGCAGGGCUGGGGUGCUUGGUGGUCCCCUAAUUCGAAUCUGGGCGGCCAGGGGGGGGUCGGGCUCAGAAUCACCGUUAAGGGGGGGCAGGUUCUGGACACCAACGGGUUCCCCAUGCCGGAUUACUCGCUGUGGCACACGGGGGACAUCAUCAACAUCUUCCAGAACGUCAGCUAGGCGCGUUUGGUGACGGCUUCGGUCAGGUGUAACCAGUUGACGAGGUUAGGGUAACCCGAUUGAGCUGGCAGUCUGCAGACGCGGAGGCACGAUCGUGCGGGAUGGUCGCUGUAGGCUAGCCUGCGUUUGGUUACGACAAUGUGGGUUAGGUAAACUGACUCUUGUGGGUUUCGCGGGUUUUGGCCAGCCUGACUAGCGCUUAGGUUAACAAUAAAGCUCUGAACUUUGCGCCGCAGCAGCAGCCCAUCGGCAGCGUAUUCACACCGCCCGCGAACGGACGCCACGUGUACCAUACGACAAACUUCACAGCCCUUUGCAGUCGCAGAGAAUUGUGUACCAUUAGGUAACCCAAAAUGGGUUCGAUCCAACCGCCAAUCACUAGCUUCCACGUCAGCUCUACUUCUGCAGUCGCGGGAUAGAGUUGCUGAAGUACGUACGCCAAGGUUAAGAAGUAGGUGCAUUCAACUGAACACGGGUAAUUGAUACGAACUGCCAAGGCCGCUCGAUUUGUUAUCUUGCUGUUGCUUUGCUAAGUCGGUCGCUAGCCUCCCAAGACAUGCGCUUGAACGAGAUACUUAGACCAUUUAAUUGAGAGUAACACGGCAACAGGUUCAGGAGCUUGAAGGAAGCAGUUCGGGGUAGUAACACUGGACGCUCGAGUCAAAGCUGGACAGCAUGCAUGGCAUUCGCUCGUCGUUCGUACAGUAUAAAACCGCAGAAGUCAAACUGACAUUUAUUUACUUGACUCUAUUUUCCUAUUGAACACGC